AUGCUCGUCGAGCGGCGCGAAGAAGCUGUGGAAUGCGGAGGAUAUGACGGCAAUUUCUUUCUCUUCCCUCACGUUUUGGAGGCUGUCAAAAUGUCCGUACGCAUAUUUCAUGAAGCCCUUGUAGCCCACGAAGAGAUCCCUGUUUAUCUCGCCGGGCAGCUCCCCCAGCUCCUCGGCCACCUUGUCGGCGAAGUGUUUCAGCGCGUCCUUCGCGGACUCCACGUAGUCCCGCCGCGCCUGCUUGCUGAGCUCCGCGAUUGCCUUUUCAAUCUCACUGUCUACGAAGCGUUCAAUGUUUUCUACUUUCUCCCAUUUUAUGUAAACGGCGUUGGUUAG